AUGUCUCCGCGAGAAUAUCCCAAGAUUUGGGGGAAAUUCGAGCGUAAUGUUGAAGGGAAGGGCACAUUAUCCUUUGUAAUAGAGGAUGUCCCUGAAGCUAUGUGGGAUUCGGCAGUGGAAUUUAUGCUCGGUAAUUACAUAGAGGAGGACGUCUGGUGGUCGACAGCUGGUACUGCGCAAGACCAGGAUGCUAUACAGGAGUAUCGAGUGCUUUGGGCAUCUAUCAUAAGGCAGAAAAUGACUCUGGCUUGUUUUCUUGUUGGAGAAGAUGGUGCAGAGAGGAAAUUGGUGGGAGUCAAUAUGUGUAUGCUGCAAGAGAAAGAUCAUUUCGUCGAACAUAACCCACCGAAGACGAAAGCAGGAUUGCUAUCUCUCCGAAUGUUUGCUGAAGCAAUGAAGGUGACAGCAGUUUACGAUAAAUACGAUACAGCGUCCUAUCUCAUGGGAGCGGGACUCUCCGUGGCACCGGAGUACAGGAGACUUGGUAUAUCCGUUGAACUGCUCAAAUGCAGAAUGUUGCUGGCAAAGGAGAUCGGCCAGCUCGUAACUGGUGGUAUAUUUACAAGCACUGCCGCCCAACGAGCUGCGGAAAAGGCGGGAAUGGAGUGUUUGUAUCAAGUACCUUAUAAAGAAUUCGGAGAGCAAUGUGAAAUCGAUUUUAACACCGACACCGAGUCCUUAAAGAUUUUCGGUAAGAGAAUCGAAUAGAAUUACAAUAGCACUAUAAAACGAGUCCGAGAAAAAUCUUUAUUAUUAAAACGCUCUUCCUUUUAGUAUUUUCUCUCUUUACGACAUCAUAUUACAGGAUUGUAAAACCACUUCAAGUUUAAUGUUCGCCCUAUUUUCGAACACAUUUUGUAUUUCUUUUGCGUCGCUUGAGUAUCGUAAUAAACACUUUAUAAAC